AUGGACUCCCUAGGGAGCGGCUUGCUUGCAGGGCCCAGCGAAGACCGCACGGCCCCGACGCGGCAAAAGAGCUGCAAUGCCUGCGUCCGGGGCAAGCGCCGCUGCGACAAGCGCACCCCCCGGUGCUCGCGGUGCGCGGCAAAGGGCCUCGACUGCGUCUACCAGAGGAUGCCGCCGCACAGCCAUCCGCAUCCGCCGCCCGGCGAGGCUGCCGCCGCAGGCAUGGCAUCCGCGUCAUCCGCCGGCAGCACCCCCGGCGUCGCGGCCGAGGUGCCCGAGUUCGACAUGGCCUUUGACAUGGUCGACCCCCUCGGCUCCGACACCAGCCCGGAUAGCCUGCGGACUGACGUGAGCCUGCUCGACGCCACCACGGGGUCUCUCGACUUCUCCAUUGUCGACCUGCUCGCCGCCUCGGCUUCGAGCGGCAGCGACGCCUGGAACCUACAGGGCUACUACCCGGAUAAUAGCAAGAUGGACCUCCCGCCUCUGCCGUUUGGGCCCCCGGCGGCGACCGCAGAGGCGUCUCCCACGUCCUUCCAGCAGCAGCAACAGCAACAGCAGCAGCAGCAACAACAACAACCAGAGCAGCAGCAGCAGCGUCCCGUGCGCGACCUUUCGCUUCUCAAGGCCAACGAAUCCUGCUUCGAUGUCGACCCUCUCCAGGUUCACGACCCCCGCACCCGCCUCGGCUUCAUCGUCGCCUUCCUCUCCUCCCUGCCCGCCACCCUGGCCAGCACCCGCGCCCUGCCCUUUAUGCACCCGCGCCUGUGGGCCGGCCAGCUGCCCAAGCCCAUCCUGUCGGCCUUUUCAGCGGCCACGGCCUACGGCGCCCGCUCGCCGCAAAACCGCGCCUGGACAGUCAAGCUCGUCGCCGACGCCAGCCGCGACAUCCAGCGCGAGGGCGAGCGCGCCGCCUCGCCCGUCGACAAGCUUGCCCGCGUCCAGGCGCUGGUCGUUGUCAACUUGAUGAGGUUCCUCGAUGGCGACAUCGGUCUGCGCGCCGCGGCAGAGCGCGAGGUUCCCGUCUUGCUGGCCUGGACAAAGGAGCUUGCCGGCCUCAGGGGAGAGUUCGAGGAGGAGGCCAUGACGCAGAGAGGGCCGUCGAGGGACGUGCCGCCCAAGAGCUGGGAGAGCUGGAUCUUUCUCGAGAGCGUGCGACGGAGCAUCAUGGCUUCUUACGCCUUCAUGUGCAUAUUUUGCUUGCUGAGAUCGGAAGAACCCGACUGCUCGAUGUGGACCAAACCGCAAAGUUUCACAGCCUCGAAGCACCUCUGGGACGCGGCUAGCUCUGUCGAGUUCUACCGCGCGUGGGGCGAGAAGCCACAGUACUGGAUCGAGAACCUAGGCUUCAAGGACUUUUGGAUGUAUGGCCGACCGGCUGACUUGGACGACUUUACACGGCUCAUACUGACUUCGCAAGUCGGGGUAGACGCCAUGGACCAUUUCAUGGAGGGGGAUAUUGCAAUACCCGUUUGA